GAAUGGACUACAGAGAUCAUUUAACCUCACCUGCCCAUCUCUUUAGAAGGAGAAAUACAGAAUCAACCCAGCUGGUGAUGUAAGGGGUCAUCCAAACCAGUUCUUCUACUCAUUCAUUGGUUCCCUGAUCUUGUGGCAUGUAUUUUGGGCCUGGUACCGUGGCAGGCUCUGGGACAGUAAAGAUGAAAAGACUUGGUCUCUGCUUUUUAGUCUUUCAGUCUGCUUAUAUCUAGUCCAAUGAGGGAGAGGACACGAUACUGAGAUCAGUGCUGUGGCAAGUUUUAGGUUGGUGUUGGGGAGAGAGCCCUACACUUGGCCAUAGAGGCUGGGGUUCAAAUCUUGGUGCUGCCAUUUACAGUUGGUGGAGGGAUCAUGAUGCCUGGCGGAGAUCAGGAACCAGGGAGCUACUAUGUGGGUGUGGAUGUCGGAACAGGCAGUGUGCGUGCGGCUCUGGUGGAUCAGAGGGGCAUCCUUUUGGCUUUCGCAGACCAGCCAAUUAAGCGAUGGGAGCCUCAGUUCAACCAUCAUGAGCAAUCGUCCGAGGACAUCUGGGCUGCAUGCUGUGUUGUCACAAAGAAAGUUGUACAAGGGAUUGAUGUAAACCAAAUCCGAGGGCUUGGGUUUGAUGCCACAUGUUCUCUGGUGGUUUUGGAUAAGCAGUUUCGUCCUUUACCGGUAAACCAUGAAGGGGAUUCCCGCCGAAACAUCAUCAUGUGGCUGGACCACCGGGCCAUCACUCAGGUCCACAGGAUCAAUGAAACCAAGCACAGCGUCCUGCAGUGUGUUGGGGGCGUGAUGUCCGUGGAAAUGCAGGCCCCAAAGCUUUUGUGGCUAAAAGAGAACUUGAGAGAGACUUGCUGGGAUAAGGCGGGACAUUUCUUUGAUCUCCCAGACUUCUUAUCGUGGAAGGCAACAGGUGUCACAGCACGAUCUCUCUGCUCCCUCGUGUGCAAAUGGACAUACUCUGCAGAGAAAGGCUGGGAUGAUAGCUUCUGGAAGAUGAUCGGAUUAGAAGAUUUUGUUGCAGAUAAUUAUAGAAAAAUAGGAAACCAAGUGCUGCCUCCUGGAGCUUCUCUUGGAAAUGGGCUCACACCAGAGGCAGCCAAAGACCUUGGCCUUCCUGCUGGAAUUGCCGUGGCAGCUCCACUUAUUGAUGCACACGCGGGAGGCCUAGGAGUGAUUGGAGCAGAUGUGAGAGGGCACGGCCUCGCCUGUGAGGGACAGCCAGUGACGUCACGGCUGGCUAUCAUCUGUGGAACAUCUUCUUGUCACAUGGGGAUCAGCAAAGACCCAAUCUUUGUACCAGGGGUCUGGGGCCCUUAUUUCUCAGCCAUGAUCCCUGGGUUCUGGCUGAAUGAAGGUGGUCAGAGUGUUACUGGAAAAUUGAUAGACCACAUGGUGCAGGGCCAUGCUGCCUUCCCUGAACUAAAAGCCAAGGCUGCUGCCAGAUGCCAGAGUGUAUAUGCAUAUUUGAACAGUCACCUGGAUCUGAUUAAGAAGGCUCAGCCUGUGGGUUUUCUCACUGUUGAUUUACAUGUUUGGCCAGAUUUCCAUGGCAACCGGUCUCCCUUAGCAGAUCUGACACUGAAGGGCAUGGUCACCGGGUUGAAACUGUCUCAGGACCUCGAUGAUCUUGCCAUUCUCUACCUGGCCACAGUUCAAGCCAUUGCUUUUGGGACCCGCCUCAUUAUAGAGGCCAUGGAGGCAGCAGGGCACUCGAUCAGUACUCUCUUCCUAUGCGGAGGCCUGAGCAAGAACCCACUUUUUGUGCAGAUGCAUGCGGACAUUACAGGCAUGCCUGUGGUCCUGUCGCAAGAGGUGGAGUCUGUUCUUGUGGGCGCUUCUAUUCUGGGUGCCUGUGCCUCGGGGGAUUUCACUUCUGUACAGGAGGCAAUGGCAAGAAUGAGCAAAGUUGGGAAGGUUGUGUUUCCCAGACUUGAGGAUAAAAGAUACUAUGACAAGAAAUAUCAAGUAUUCCUGAAGCUGGUUGAACACCAGAAGGAAUAUGCAGCGAUCAUGAAAGGAGACUGAAGAGAGUUUGCAGGUGCCAGUGCCAGAAGGUUCUGCGUCACUGCAUUAGGGACCUCUGUCUUCUCCUCUUGUAUUCGAGACCCUUUAAGUAUCACUUUAUCUUUCCUGUAUCAUCUUUUAAUAAAGACAGCUGAGAUGUGUGCAACCAGA